AUGACAUGCAAUAUUUGCUUUCAAACUGUAAAUGAAGCCACUUACACCUGGGAAGGAAGCCUUCCUCUACGCCACUACAAAAACCCUGUUUACUCCUGUAAAGUGUUUCUGGGAGGAGUGCCAUGGGACAUCACAGAGGCGAGUCUGUUGAACACAUUUAGUGUUUUUGGUCCAUUGAAAGUGGAUUGGCCUGGUAAAGAUGGAAAUCAUCCACGUUUUGCUCCACAAGGUUAUAUGUAUCUGCUGUUUGACUGGGAGGAGUCAGUGAAGUCGCUCCUGCAGGCCUGUGCUCAGUCUGAUGAUAAUCUUGAGUUCUACUACAAAUUGUCCAGCAGGCGGAUCCACAGCAAAGAUGUGCAGGUCAUCCCGUGGGUUAUCUCAGACAGCAGUUUAAUCCACCUCCCCAUCCAGCGUCUGCCCCGCAGUAAGACGGUGUUUGUGGGUGCUCUGCAUGGGACGUUGAAUGCAGAGAGUCUGGCCCACAUCAUGGAAGAGCUCUUCGGAGAGGUCAUGUAUGCAGGCAUCAACAUAGACAAGGACAAAUAUCCGAUAGGGUCUGGGAGAGUGAUGUUCAGAAGUCAGAGGAGCUAUUUGAAAGCUGUGACUGCAGCGUUUGUGCAGAUAAAAACCUUUAAGUUUACCAAGAAGGUCUGGAUUGAACCUUAUCUGAGUGACUCCAUGUGCCAAAUAUGUAACAGUCUGCCCGGCCCGUUCUUCUGUAGAGCUCAGGCAUGUUUUAAAUACUACUGUCAGUCAUGCUGGUAUUGGCAGCAUUCUCUGGACCUGUUGGGCAGCCAUCAGCCUCUCAUGCGCAACCAGAAGGGCCUGAACCUAAAUAAACCCACCGCUGCCGGCGUGGGGAAGAGUCUUGACUGAGUUCACUGCUUUGGGGAAGGAUUUUACCGUGAGACAAGAGCAACUCACUUGAGGAAGUCGUUUUAUUGCACUGCUAUUGUUCAUUAAGCUUCUAUAAACUCUAAAGGGUUCAUUGAUGGUGACCCGUUUGCAGUUAACCAGACAGCCAUGAUCAUGGAGAUCUGAUUUUAAGAGUUGUGUUUUAGAUUUUGCAUGCACAGGUGUGGUUACUUACAAACAUUCAGAUUGGACAAAAUAAAGUGGUUGAAGCACUGAAA